CUCCCUCCGUGACGCAGCGCGGGUGCGCAGACCACACAGUGACGGAAGCAGGAAGUAGGGCGAUGGUAACGGAGGUAAACACGGCGGACUCCGGACUCUGAGCGGGACAUGAUCUGGGGUUCAGCCCGGGAUCAUGGCGAGGCUCCCGCUACUGCUGCUCUGCCUCGGGCUGCUCUCCGCGCUCUGCGGCUGCGGCUCGGCGGACGAUGUGACUUAUGUGAACAGCUUCUAUUCGAAGACCCCUCAGAAGUUGGCCAAGUACAGCUGGUUCGGGAAUGUGCGGCUCUACCACUUUAGAGUGCCAGAAAACACAGUGCUUGUGCGGUGGCUGCUCACUGCCAUGCGGGGCUCAGGAUUUAACUGUGGUGACCAGAACAUUGCUGUGCAUUUCCGAGCUGGGGCACCGCCAGUCAUCAAUCCCAUCCACACAGCCUUUCCCAACUCCACCUCAGUCUCCCUGGCAUAUAACCUGACCCUGAGUGUAGGUCAUGGACAGACCAUCAACAUCACGCUGUUUAAUAUGACGAAUCCAGUACCUGGAGACUGGUUUCUCGCUGCUCACCUGCCGAAAGAUGAUGGAAAGAUCGAACAGCAGGGGCUGCCGUCCUGUUCAUAUUUGUUCCAGCCUCAGAUGUAUGUAAGGAGAGCAGCCGACACUCCCGUCCUGCAGGCCGACAUUCCACUAACUCAGACCGUGACUGCACCUCAGAAACAGGCCCAACUCAAGAUCUUUGUUCCUGAGUUUGCCUCGAAGUUGAGUGUGUUUAUUCACACAUGUUCGGUGAAGAGUGCACCGGCGAGCGACUGCGGACUGUCCAUCACGCUAGGCUCCACCUCCUUGGGGCAGAGCUCUGUGACUACUGUGAACUGCUCUCUGGAGGAGCCUUGCUCCGCCUCUGUCUCCAGCCCACCGUGGAAUACAUGGGUGCGAGUGACUGUGGAGAUUGGCCAGCCCAAUGUCACUGUGACCUUCAGCAUAUCUGCCAAUCACACAGUGGGCUGUAAACCUCUGAGUGUCCCUUCAGAUUUCAACACCUCCCUUCCCGUUGGCCUGUUCUCACUGAGGUCCUCUUCCAGUAACACGUCUAGCAGCCCCAGCAACACCUCCGUCACCAACAGCCUGCGUGCUGAUGUCCCGGACGGAGCCUGCGUCCGAAACCCGUCCGUGUUCAGAGAGGAGCAGGACGUCCUCUCAGUUCGCUUUGCUGUCGCCAGCGGAAACGUGAGUGUGGCGUCUCAGGUACCGACCAUGCUGGCUCUAGACAUGAGCUCUGCUGCAGACAGUGGAGGGGUACUAGUGGUACAGCUGGACCUCAACAUGACUUCUCUGAUUGGUGCGUUUGGCAGUGUUCGAGCAUGCCUCACACCGUUCACGCCGGUACUUCAGCUGAACACCAGCCUGUCCUGUGAAACGGCAUUCAUGAAGGGCUACUCACUCGGUGUGAGCAGCAAUGAGACCAAGGCUUUGCUGAGGAUUCCCUUUCCUGAAGCAGCAUUUUGGUACCUCAGUUUGCAGACCAUUUGCAACAGCAGUGUGGGUUGUGGCAACACCUCGGCCGUGGUGAGCGUGUCUGUGAGCGUGAGCGCGUGCGUGGACGACUGUGGAUCAUACGGAGAGUGCAGGCUGCUGCGUACUCACGGCUACCUUUAUGCUGCGUGUGUGUGUAAAGCAGGUUGGCUGGGGUGGAGUUGUUCGGAUGGAUCGGCUGCCCUGACGUUCUCUCGGCAGCUGGCUGCGGCUCUGCUGCUCACGCUCAGCAACCUGCUCUUCAUCCCACCCACUGCAGUGGCCCUGUACCGCGGAUACCAUGUUGAGGCUGCAGUCUACUUCUUCACCAUGUUCUUCUCCACGUUCUAUCAUGCAUGUGACCAGCCUGGAGUGACAGUGAUGUGCAUUAUGGACUACGACACACUCCAGUUCUGUGACUUCCUGGGCUCUGUGGUGGCGGUGUGGGUGACCAUUGUCUGCAUGGCGCGUCUGGAGGAGCCAGUAAAAUAUGUGUUCUUCAUGGCUGGGACUCUCUUCAUUGCAAUGGCAAUGCAACUGGACCGUCGAGGCCUGUGGAAUCUACUAGGCCCUGUGCUGUUCGCUUUGGUCAUUAUGGUAACUGCCUGGGUGUAUCGUGGCGUAAGACGUCAUCACUGUUACCCGCCGACAUGGAGGCGCUGGGUCUUUUUCCUGUUGCCAGGCAUGGUGUCUGCGCUCAUCGGAGUGUGUGUGUACGUCUUCGCACAGACCGACAGCAACUACUACUACACCCACUCGAUAUGGCACAUCAUGGUGGCCACGAGUGUGGUCUUUCUUUUACCACCGCGGGAGAAGAACGUGCCGCCAUGGGGCUGGCCUCACAAGCUCUGCGGCUACAAGAUCUGCCGGAAUGAGAAAGAAGAGCUUUAUGCCGUCACCUAAACACGGUCUGUUCUGGAACUUGCAAUAAAGUAUUCCAAAUGUAAUCCUUUAGCAAGCUUUACCUGGGACACAUACGGUCCUUUAGGACACUGGGUGUACAGGACCAAACCAGAAUUUUACAGGACCAAACCAGACUACUGGAGAUUUAAAAUAUGUACAUGGCAUUUAGAUUUAACAGAUUGUUAGAUCAAAAUAUGUUCCUUUAUGUUGGAGAUUUCAGAGGUUCUAUAUUUUAUCAACUUAUUUAAAGGAAUGGUUUGGUAAAAAAUCGAAUGUACACUUUUGUUGUGUCCACAUUUUUACCCCUGAUGAAUGUCAUCGGCCAAGACAUAUCUGCUGAUCAGAAUUGGCUUCUUUAGUUUAGCAGAGCAGGUAUGAGGGUAGUGUUGUUAGUAGGUCACGUUUUCUUGCCCCAUGAUCAGAGUAUCUUAGCUUAGACCACUGGCUGAUACAAAUGCUAUCCAAUCUUUGUGUUUCUGUAAAUAAUACAGCAACACAACUCUGGUAAGACUGCUGUUAAAUAACACUAGUAAAUGCUGGUAAAGCUACUUAGAUUGUGGCCACUGACACGGAUAAGCAAAUGUGUGAGUAGAUUUUGAUGAUUUGUUUCAUCAUCUGUAACUAUAUGAGUGAUCGACUACAUUAAAGAAAAAAGGCUAUUUGUAUGCCUUUAGAUUUUUCGCCAGAUCAUUCCUUUGAAAAGGUAACUGUCUUGAUUUGGCACUUUAAAAAUGGGACUAUUGAGUUUUUGAUGGAGAGAGGAUGUGUGUUUACAGUAAUUGUGCUUAUGUUUUGUGAGUGUGGGCCGGGCACACGCACCAACCAAGGCCAGCGUCUUUCCUGUAUGAACCUUAAUGAAACACUGUUGAUUUGCAGAUCUUUUCAGCACUUUACUUCUGAUGAAUUUAUGUGGAGUAUGGGAACGCAUGUGUGCAAUCAUUGUAAAUGUGCCUGUUUUAGGGGUCUUGUUACUAGCAUUUUUGAAUGACCAGCAAUGAAGAAUGUCUGCACAUUAUGUUACACUGAACUUCAGCCUUUUUUAAACCACUUUAAUUGGAAGCCUUGUGCACAGAGGUAGUGGACAGCUAAUGAGCUAAACUCAUUGUUUCUUUAAAACUUCAUAGGUAAUCUGUAUUAUGAUUCUGGCUAUGAUUAGGCGAUCUGCAUAAUUCACUGGUCCUGACGUAAACAAAGUUGUUUAGAGUAUAGUUUGGUGUAGGGUUGGGCGGUACAGCGGUAAUUGACAAAAAUUACGAUGUGUGUCAAAUAAUUGUUUAGUGUCUAUAUAAAACACGGCCAAAAAAAGCAAAUUCAUUUAUGUGUUUAAGAUGGCCACAGGGUGAGGGUGCUGUAGAGUUAGUUGAGACCUUAUUCAUAUUCAACUGAGAUCAGAAAACAACCCAGUCUGCAAUAUGUGCCUCAAAAUAGUCAAAAACACUCCAAAAACACUCCUUCACUCUACUGUGUGCUCUCAGAUACGGGACUUUAUCUUCAGAAUGUGAAUGAUUACAGCCUCAAUUACCCGGAACACAGUAUAUUCUAUGGUGUUUACACUGCAAAAAGUCACCAGUCAAGUUAUUCUGAUUCUUGUGUACAAAUGUAAGCCACAAAAUAAGGGAUUUUUACUUGAUUUAAUACUUGCUUCACUUGUUUUAAGUUUUUGUGAUUGCUUAUUUUAAGAAAAUAUUUGCUCACCCCAAUGGCAUAUUUCUUUGCUUAAUUUAAGCGUGUAUGUCUCAAUUUGCAUAUAUUUUGUCUAGUUUUGCUAAUGGAUUUUUUUUUUGCAGAGAAGUCUGUUAGCUAGCUUAGCUAAGCUAAGUCGAGCUGGUUGGCUACGAGAAAGCUCAGUCAGUCAGACUUGAGUGUGUUCUGUGGUAAACAGAAUGUUAGCUGUUCUGCUAAGCUAAUGCUAACCGGCUCCUCCCACCUGAUUCAGAGUAGAGCCCAUUUCUAAAGGUCAGACUGACCUUUACUGACUCAUUAACAUUUAAGAUUGUUGUUUUAAUGUUUCUGGCCAUUUUCUUCAUAACAAGCAUAACAAAAAUUGCUAGUAGUUUGUCUCAGUAUCUCAGUCCACCUUAAAAUUAAAGCUUAGAAAUGCUAAUUUCAGUUCCCCAUCACAGAGGAAUUAGGGAAUGGCCAAUAAUAAUUAAUUGCUGCACCACCUGCCCCCCUUUCUGAAGACAUACAUUGUUUGCUGAACUUUAGCUCUCCACUGCUAUAUAUCUGUAUCGGGUGCUUAAAGGGUGAUCCCAAUUCUUAGGGGAGCAUUUCACCCCUUCUCCUUGUAGUGAACUCUGUUCUAAGGGAAAGGUUACAAUCAAAAACCAGGGGUAGAGAUACAAAAGAGAAAUGGGAUUGGGCUUUAUUCUGUGAUGCUGUGAAUAAACUGAACUCAUCUGAUUCUGUUUUUAAUUUUUUUACGUUAUCCUCUGCACUACGUACUAGUACAGUUUACACUACUCCCUGCUCUAAAGUAAUACCACACACUGCAGUGAUAUUUUGGGACGUUUUUAUGCUGAUAUAAAAAUUUGAUACCGCUCAACCCUAGAAUAAUUUGAAACAAGCAUGACCCGUAACAUGACAGGAUGGGGUAAGCUCCUCACACCUCUUCAGAGUCCAUUCUCCACUACUGUGAAUUUAUUUAACAUUGUGUUUAGACAAAAUUAAGUCCCUGACAAGGAUUUUGCUCAAAUAUUAAUGAGUAAAUUAAGCAGAAAUCUGAACAAUCAGUGCAGUUAUUUUUUGACCGUCAGGAGAGGCACAGUCUGAUGUUCUUUAUUUGCCUGGUGAGUCCUGGUGGAUUCUUACUGUAAGUCUGUUGGUCUCUUCGUAAUAGAGUUUGGUAUUUGUCUUGGAGCUUUAAUAAAAGAAUAAAACAAUAGCAGCUUAAUAUUAACAUUUUUAUAGAAUAUAAAGGAUCGAUUGUGGGGGUUGUGAUUGCUCCUCUAAAUACUUUACUCCUCUAAGUACCAAAUAAGAUUUUUAUUAAAUCUCGUGGCGGAACACUGUUUUAGAAGCCCUGUAAAGUACUGCGCUUGUUUGUUUCGGACCCUCAGUCCGUCCUGUUUCUACAGACACAGUUUAUGACAAUCUUCUCGAUCUCCAAAGGCCUUGCUGGAAGCAUGAACUGCACAUUUGUCAUGCAGUUGGUAACUUUAAACAAUGCAUUUGAACGUUAUGUUUGUGUUAUUGUGGUAAUGUUAGUCUGUCUUUACAUUUUACAUCUAUGUAUUUUUUUUCCUUUCUUCUCACAAUGUUAUCCUCCUGCCAUAAAGCCUAUAUAUUCACUCUUAUUGAUCUUGUUAAGGUACCGGCAUCCUUGUUUUUCUUCCCAAAUAUUUAUAUUUCCUCUGUUAAAAAUCUGUAAUUAUUGUAGAAGUGUAUUACACAGAGCUAAUAAAGACUAAACUGAUUAAAAACUA